GUGUUAAUGAUAUAGGAAUGAUGUGUCCUAUUCGUGUUGGCAUGAAAACACAAGUAGAAAUAAAUAAAAAAAAAUUUAUUAUACGUGUUUUAGAAGGAAAUAAAAAUGAUAUAAAUCAAUCUGGCUAUACUUAUCAAUGCGAUUCUGAUUUCAGUGAAAUUAAAGAUAAUCCAACUAAUGCAAUUACUUCUUUAUAUAGAAAAAUUUUCAAAAUUCAAACAAAAAUUUCGGGUUCAAUGGUUAUGGGCUUUGAUAAAGAAUCAAUAUUUAGUGAAUUAUUACAUGAUAUAGAAUUUUAUCCUUAUUCAAUUAGUUUAGCAGAUAAAUUAUCUAUUAUGAUCUUUAGUUUAGGUGCUUCUAAAAAGGAAGGUUAG